AUGGGUUUGAAGGAAGCUGUGAAAUCUGAUAGCGUUAUUGCAGCAGCCCUUGGCGGAGAGGCAAACUUCUAUUGCAACCUCUCGCUCUCGAUGGAUGUUUUGCAAGUCACCUGGCAGAAGAAAAAUGGGUCUUCCUUCCAGAACAUAGCCACCUACAGCCCAAACCAUGGGCUGAGGCUGAUAGGGUCAUUUCAGAAGAAGGUGCGUUUCACUAGAGCAACCCUGAAGGCCUCAGCUAUCACACUCCAAAAUCUCACGUUCGAGGAUGAGUCCUAUUACAGAUGCAUUUUCAACGUGUUCCCUCAUGGCUCUUUCAGCAAAGAUAUAUGCCUCAACAUCCAAAGUAAAAACAGAAGCACAAAUAGAUCAGGAGUAAAAAUGCUGGGGUUUGGUUCCCCCAAUACCAAGGAAAUAGUGAAGAGACAUAGUGCACCCAGAAUACCUGCAAAGGAGAAAGGCUUACACCGAGACCUAAGCGAGAAAGCCGUGAGCCUGCACAAGCCGAAGGACCAGCACAUUGUUUAUCAAAAUGAGGAGCAGUCACCAGGCUCCUCACUUCACAAAAGGCUACCAGGUCUGAAGAGAAACCUGAGAGAGAAAAAAAAUUGCAGGCGCUUGUUUUCAGAGGAAGCGGAGAACCUGAACAGCAAUGUCCACAGCGUGUUUGAGAGGGGACCUCCUGGGUUAUGCGUCAAGGAGCUCGGCUGCACACCCAUGAAGGAGGACAGAGGGGCAACAGCAGCUUGUGUCACGGUGCAGCCUCAGCGCAGAGCACUUUCUUUUGUAAUAGCAGAGUACCCUCUAGUGGGAGAGAUCACGAAUGAACGUGAAAACGCCUCCAGUGAGUCUUCUAUUAAAAUAGCAACUCACUAG